UGGGCGGGGCAUUUCUUGUUCUCUCUGCAGCUCUUGGGGGGGUUUCGUUAUGGGGGCGCGAAAGCUAGCCGAAGCGGCUUAGGAUGGCAGCUGUCACAGGGCACCCGGGACAGAGCGAGAGUUUCUUAAGGAACCAGGCCCAGCCGGUUUCUCCGGCCGCUCUAGCAAAAUAAACCAUAAAGAUCAGACUCGGGCUUCUUCACUUCCUUCUCUUCGUGGUUUCGCCUUCAGCUUCCGGUUCCGGGGAGGGGCCGAGUUUUCUUCGAAGAUUUGGGGCUCCGCAAUACAGCUAGGAUGGCUGUGGUACCGCUACUGUUGUUGGGGGGUUUGUGGAGCGCUGUGGGAGCGUCCAGUCUGGCUGUCGUUACUUGCGGCUCCGUGGUGAAGCUACUCAAUACGCGCCACAACGUCCGACUGCACUCCCACGAUGUGCGCUAUGGGUCAGGUAGUGGGCAGCAGUCAGUGACAGGUGUAACCUCUGUGGACGACAGCAACAGUUACUGGAGGAUACGGGGGAAGACCGCCACAGUGUGUGAGAGGGGAACCCCCAUCAAGUGUGGCCAGCCCAUCCGGCUGACACAUGUCAACACUGGCCGAAACCUCCAUAGUCACCACUUUACUUCACCUCUUUCUGGAAACCAGGAAGUGAGUGCUUUUGGUGAGGAAGGUGAAGGUGAUUAUCUGGAUGACUGGACAGUGCUCUGUAAUGGACCCUACUGGGUGAGAGAUGGUGAGGUGCGGUUCAAACACUCUUCCACUGAGGUACUGCUGUCUGUCACAGGAGAACAAUAUGGUCGACCUAUCAGUGGGCAAAAAGAAGUGCAUGGCAUGGCCCAGCCAAGUCAGAACAACUACUGGAAAGCCAUGGAAGGCAUCUUCAUGAAGCCCAGUGAGUUGUUGAAGGCAGAAGCCCACCAUGCAGAGCUAUAAAUCUAGAGGCUCUGAGCCACUGUUUGAACACAGUGUUCACAGACGUCAGUUGCUGCCUCACCUUGGUAUUCCUGCCACAAGUUCCUUGGUCAGUGGCCAUGUCACCAUUGAGAUGAAGACGUACAACAGAAAAUAGUGGCUGUGUUUGGAAGCUUCAGCCCUGCACACGUGAACUUCAUUCUCCCAGACUUGCAUGGGUCGGUUCUUUCUGAGUAGAGGACUUGCUGGUAAAGGGGCAGAUGUUUUUUAUUCAUACUGAUAAACUGAAGGGAGCAUCCCUCUUAGCUGAGAAACUUUUACUCCUCAGGAGCUUGGCAUCACGGACUGUUAAUGUGAUUUUUCCCCUAUUUUCUCUCUCCAAAAUGAUAAAAACAAUAAUUUUAUUAUUA